CGAUAACUGGGAGGUAUUCAGAGAGUCCGUUCAUGUAGAUAAGUUAGGAAUGCAAAAAAAAACUUUCAACAAAACGCUGAGCGGUGAUUAGUGAUUAGUUGAAAAUUGAGUAGCUAAACGGAAACAACUGUUUCAUCAAGCGCAGUUGCCGUCACAAGCACAUAUUUUUAUUUAUUUAUUUAUAAACUAAUUUCAAAGUUCGAUUAAAACUGUUUGCAAAUUGAUGAAGAAUCCUUUAGUUAUUGUACUUGCAGUCCGCUGUGUAAUAAUUUGCAAUCACACCCUAUCUAACGCGCAAACGCUGAGUGUAGUGAGCAGUGAAAUUUAAUUUCAAAACAAAUGAACAGCAAUUCAUCAAAAUAAUACUCAAAACUUAACUACAUGUAAAACAACGAGUGUCGUAACAGAAAUAUGCCAUGUAAAGGCCGCAUAGUCUGCGUGGGCAUGUGUGUACUGGAUGUCAUACAUCUUGUGGAGCAAUACCCCGUCGAGGAUACCGACAAACGCUGUCUGGCUGGCUAUUGGCAGCGUGGCGGCAAUGCUUCCAAUAACUGCACUGUGCUGCGACAACUGGGCGCUCCUGAUGUUGAAUUUAUGGGCAUGCAGAGCGCCUCACCGGCAUUUAGUUUCCUUUAUGAAGACUGUCGCAAGCGUGAAAUAUGCAUAGAGAAUUGUCCCAGUACAAAUAUGGAUCCACCCUUUUCAUCGGUCAUACUCAACCAGGCAACUGGCUCGCGCACUAUUAUACAUUCGAAUCCUGGAUUUCCCUCGCUGACGUGUGAGCACUUGGCUCAGCUGAAAUUGAGCAACUAUGGUUGGGUGCACUUGGAGGGCCGCAAUCCUGAGUCUCUGUUACCAUUCAUACGUGAUAUUCGCGCACACAACAAACAGCUGAACGAUCCGAGGGGCCGUAUUAGAAUAUCGGUGGAUUUGGAAAAAAUGAAGCAUGAAAUUUUGGAGUUGGGUGAGGCCGCCGAUUGUGUGUUCCUUGGAAAGGAUUUGGCAACUUUCUUGGGUUGGAGCAAACCAGAGGAAGCAGUAAUGGGUUUGUAUAACAGAUUCAAGCCUCAGCGAGGGGAGAACAACGCCAAGCCGGCAAUUGUAUGCCCAUGGGGUGCUGAUGGUGCUGCCUGUGUAGACGCGCGUGGUAAUUACGCUUUCGUGCCUUCAAAGCCGGUACAGAAGAUAGUAGAUUCGCUAGGCGCGGGCGAUACGUUCUGCGCAGCUGUCAUAUACGCGUUACACAUGCUCGAUAAGGAUUUGCAAGAGGCGGUACAGUUCGGACACGCAAUCGCUGGAUACAAAUUAGCUCAUCGCGGCUACGAUGACAUUGAAAGCUUUUCGCAAGGUCGGUAAAGCGUUUGAAAAUACUUGUAAAUUGGAAUUGGUUAGAAGGUCAAAGUAUCCGUAAAAUAAUUUUAGAAAAAAGAAAAUAAUUUAACUAAAUUUAAGCUACUUACAAAUGUAUAUUAUUCAUUAUGUACAUACAUUGAUUUUAAAAGAAUAUGGAAAAAUUAAGUGCCUGUUUUUAUGUAGAACACCAUAGAGGUGGGCUGAAAUGAAUAAUUCACCUCAGCAUUCAAAUCCUCUACGUCAAAUCGAAAGGGCAUUAUGUCGAUUAGCGGGCGAAAUGCAUUGUAACGGUAGUGCAAAGACUG